UUUUCUUUAUGUUUGAUUGGAAUCAACAACAGACAUUAAUUAAUUUUCACGAUAGAUUACAUUUACCUGAUACUUCUUUCAAUCAUUAUUUUUCUAAUUAUUUAGAUUCUUCUUGUAUUAUUUGUUAUCCUACCCCUAAUAACCCUUCGGAUCAAUUCAACGCAUUUUGGAAUUGGUUCACUUUUAUUUCUUCUGUAUAUCAAUUUUCUCGUAUAACUACUGAAAUAUUUGAUCAGUAUAUUCAUAAUUUUAAUAUCCCCGUACAAACUAGAAUAGUUGAUCGGCUUUUAUCUAGUAUUAGGUUUCGACAACCAGAAGUUCGAGAUACUCUUGUAAAUCAAAUAAACAAUUGUACCCAGCAUACACAAUUAUUUACCCAACACCUAGAAGAACUUGAAAAUCUUCAAAAUCUAGAAGAUUAUACAACUACAGACUCCAAUACUGAAACAUCUGAUGACGAAGAACCAGACCUAGUUGAUAAUUUGAUGAACAUGAAUAACGGUCAAGCAGGACAACUUCUUAAUCUCGUCAGAGCUAUAGGUGAACACCUUGCAGUUCAAAACAAUGUCCCUAUGCCCACAUUUAUAGGAGGAAUUCAGGAUCCUAUGGAAUGGCUCGAGGAAUUUGAACGAUGUGCAACAAUAAAUAGAUACACCAACGAUUACAAACUUCAAGUAGUUGGAGGAUACUUAAUGAAUGAAUGGAGAACUGACCUACAAAAUCGAAUACAAACAGUAGGUGAAAGCAUCGACCACUAUGCCCAAGAUAUUAAGCGAUUAAUCAAAAGGGUAGAUCAUCAAGAAAAUUGGAGCGAACAAGAUAAAAUUUAUCAAUUCAUGAAAAGACUGAGAAGAGAAAUUGCCUUUCAAAUCCGACCACUUCCGUCUUUUCGACAUAACACUACUCUUGAACAAGUAAUUGAGGCAGCUCGCCAAAUAGAUGAAAACAAUAAAGAUUAUCCCGAAGCUUUAAUGGGAUUUGGAGAAAAUCAUACAAGUCCUUCACCCAUUUCUCAAAACUAUCCUGCCCCACAAAAUGAUAUCAAAGCUGCAGUAACAAAAGCCUUGGCUCCUUUAAUACAAGCUUUGGGAAGAUUAGCAGUAAAUAUUCCAAAUGUUCCAACAUCCCCUUCUACCCAAGGAAAUAAUAAUAAUAUAAACAGACCAUGGAAUAGGCAACCAUGCAAAAGCCCAACAUGCUACAAGUGUAGACAAGUAGGACAUAUAGCAAGAAAUUGUCCCACACAACAACCAUCUAAUUUUCAACAACCCCCUCCAAAUAAUCAAAAUAAUAAUAUAUAUGCUACACAUUUCUUUGCCCAACAACAACAGCCACAACAAAUGUAUCAACCAGUAAUGCAGCAAGUUUCUCCACAACCACAACCGUAUAUUCAUAUUGAACAACGAAAUAUGGAUAUUGAUGGAAACAACCAAGCUAGUGAUUCUGGAAAACCAAGAAACCAAUCGGGACGAAAUGUGAAAGCUAAACUUGAUCCUGAAACGCAGGACGAUGAGGAUAAGGAAAAGAAAAGGAAAACAUCUAAAGGACUAACUGAAAAACCCCCUAUUGCACAAAUGACUAUACCUUAUUCUAUUAUUUCUGACCUAAUGUAUACUAAAGCUGGAAUAUCUUUUGGACAACUAAUGAGCUUACCACCGUUUAAAAAUGAAGUAAAAAAG